GAACCACGGCCUCCCCGCGGCCGUUUUCAAGUCUCCGCCCGUGCCAGCGAUCGGUAAGGGCAUGCGGGUGGUGCGGGAGUUCCGUGAGCUGCGUGUUGAGGUGUUCCCCAUCCUGCGCUCGAUGGGACCCUACCUCGCUCACGACCCCGUGCUCAUCGCCAAGGUCAUCCGCCUCGGCACCGCCUUCAUGAAGGAGCGUAAGAUGGCGGGCUGCCCCACGGACAUGGAGCCGCUCUACUGCGGCUUUCUUGCCGUCAUUGACGAGGUGGUGCUGCCCUCUCUCAGCACGAUGGAGGGCAACUGCUGCAUGGCCGAGGAGCUGUGGACGAUGCUGAAACACGUGCCCUACACGCACAGGUAUCGUCUGUACGCGCAGUGGAAAAAUGACACCUACAGCCAGCAUCCCAUCCUGAUCAAGAUCAAGUCCCGCGCGCUCGAUCGCACACGCUACAUCAUGAA